AUGUUGCAGGGUUGUGAUGCAUCAAUUCUGUUGGACAGCAGCAAGAACAUAAUCACCGAGAAGAGGUCUGUCCCGAACCAGAAUUCAGCUCGAGGGUUCGAAGUAAUCGAUGAAAUCAAGUCUACAUUAGAGAAAGAGUGCCCCAACACUGUGUCCUGUGCUGACAUUUUGGCUCUUGCUGCUAGAGACUCCACUGUGCUAUCUGGGGGGCCAAACUGGGAAGUUCCACUAGGCAGAAGAGAUUCAAAAGGAGCAAGUUUAAGUGGCUCCAACAACAACAUCCCUGCUCCAAACAACACCUUCCAAACAAUUCUCACCAAGUUCAAGAGGCAAAAGCUCAACAUUGUUGAUCUUGUUGCACUAUCUGGAAGCCACACCAUUGGAAAUGCUAGAUGCACCUCAUUCAGGCAGAGGCUUUACAACCAGUCAGGCAAUGGCUUAGCUGACUUCACCCUUGACCAGUCAUAUGCUGCACAGUUGAGAACCAGGUGCCCAAGAUCUGGUGGAGACCAAACCCUGUUUUUCUUGGACUUUGUCAGCCCAACAAAGUUUGACAACAGCUACUUCAAGAACUUGUUGGCUUCCAAGGGCCUCCUGAACUCAGAUGAAAUUCUUAUCACAAAGAGUCAAGUGACAAAGCAAUUGGUUCAACAGUAUGCUGAGAACACUGAGCUUUUCUUUGAGCAGUUUGCCAAGUCCAUGGUUAAGAUGGGAAAUAUUUCCCCACUUACAGGAUCAAGGGGAGAGAUCAGAAAGAGAUGCAGGAAGAUCAACUCAAUCAAUCGGACUGCAUGA